AUGGCAUCAUGUUCCACUCUUAAACAGAGUCCAUUGCCUAUGAAAGAAACACCCUUAAACUAUCAUCCAUAUCCACCUUCUCUGGCUAGAUAUGAGGAUGGUGUAGCCUGUCCAAGACUCUUCAUGGAUACUUUAGAGAAGCUCCAUGCUACAAUGAGAACCAAGUUCAUCAAGGAUGGGAGUAGAGGAGGUGCUGCCUACUGGAGAAGGGACACUUCCUUGCUUUGA